UUUUUUUUUUUUCCCCGAUUAUAUUUUUUUCCCCUCCCCUUCCCGCUCGCCCGGCUCUGCGGACGUGCUCGCUCCCGGAGGAAAGCGCCCGCACUGCCCCGCACCCGCGGAGAGGGGGCCCCGCGCCCCGCCGAGCCCCGCCGAGCCCCCGCGGAUGUGCGAAGCUCUCCUUCGGCCGCCUGCCCCCCCGCCGGCUUCCCUGCUGGGCUCACCGCCUCUUUGUCCUCCUGCACCGACGGUUGUUUUCUUUUUGAUUUUGGGGGCUUUUUCUCUAAGCAGACCUGACCACCACCGGGGGCGGGGAAGGUGGGGGGCCCAGCGACGCUGCCAGACCGACCCCUGCCCAUUUCUUCUAAGGAACUCUCAUGGCUUCACGGCUGCAGAGAAGUUGCCGUGCAUCUUGCUGGACUAUUGGAGUUUGCAUCCUGGCGGCCGCGCUCCUCCCAGGGCUGCAAGCUCAGACUGUCUUAGUCAAUGACACAGUCUCGGGGUUUAUCGGGACAGAUGUGGUCCUGCACUGCAGCUUCACCAACCCCCUCCCCAAUGUGAAGAUCACGCAGGUGACGUGGCAGAAAGCCACGAACGGCUCCAAGCAGAAUGUGGCCAUCUACAACCCUGCCAUGGGAGUCUCCAUCCUCUCCCCCUACAAAGAGCGGGUGACUUUCCGCAACCCUUCCUUCAAAGAUGGCACCAUUCAGCUUUCCAGGCUAGAGCUGGAGGAUGAGGGAGUUUACAUCUGUGAGUUUGCUACCUUCCCAACCGGCAACCGAGAAAGUCAACUGAACCUCACUGUGCUGGCCAAACCCACAAAUUGGAUGGAGGGCACCAGGCGGCCACUUAUUGCUAAGUCUGGCAGGACAGAAAAGAUCUUGGUAGCUACCUGCACCUCCUCUAAUGGAAAACCUCCUAGCACUGUCACCUGGGACACCAAGCUCAAAGGAGAAGCAGAGUUCCAAGAGAUCAGGAAUAGCAAUGGGACCAUCACAGUGAUCAGCCGGUACCGGCUGGUGCCGAGCCGGGAAGCCCACAGGCAGCAGCUCAUGUGUGUGGUCAACUACCAGCUGGAUCGGUUCACUGAGAGCAUGACCCUCAAUGUGCAGUAUGAGCCAGAAGUCACUAUUGAGGGCUUUGAUGGCAACUGGUUUCUCAACCGGAAGGAUGUGAAGCUGAUCUGCAAAGCUGAUGCCAACCCCCCAGCUCACACCUAUGAAUGGAAACUGCCAAAUGGGACUCUGCCAGGGAGUGUGGAAAUCCAGAACAACACCAUCUACUUUAAAGGUCCUGUGUCCUACAGCCUGGCUGGUACCUACAUCUGUGAGGCCUCCAAUGCUAUCGGGACACGGUCGGGGUUGGUGGAAGUCAAUGUCACAGAAUUUCCCUACACCCCGUCUCCAAUCGAUGAUCGCAAAUCCAUGGUGCAGCCGAACAUCCCCACACCGGUGAUUGGGGGCAUAGUGGGAGGCGUCUCGCUGGUCCUGGUGGUGGCCGUGGUGCUCUUUGUGGUGCUCCGGCGCCGGCGUCACACCUUCAAGGGUGACUACAGCACCAAGAAGCACGUCUACGGCAACGGCUACAGCAAGGCCGGCAUCCCCCAGCACCACCCUCCCAUGGCCCAGAACCUCCAGUACCCCGACGACUCGGACGACGAGAAGAAGCCGGGCCCACUGGGAGGCAGCACCUACGAGGAUGAGGAUGAGGAUGGGGGAGGCGAGAGGAAGCUGGGGGUCCCCAACAAGUACGAGGAGGAUGCCAAGCGGCCGUACUUCACGGUGGACGAGGGCGAGGCGCACCCCGAGCCUUACGACGAGAGGACACUCGGCUUCCAGUACGACCCCGAGCAGCUUGACAUAGGGGACAACAUGGUCUCGCAGAACGACGGAUCUUUUAUUUCCAAAAAGGAGUGGUACGUGUAGCCCGGCACCCAGCGCUACACACGCACACCCCGACACACACACACACACACACCCCCUCCUGCUCCCCUGCACGCACAUCACCCCCUGCGCACGCACGCACUCCCCCCCCACCACCAAGCCAGCCCUGGGAGCUCGGAAAAGACUUGGGACAUUUCCAGCACCGGCCCAAAAAGGGCUGGCUGGGCCGAGCAGGGAGGGGAGGGAGGGCAGCUUUGCUUACAGAUCAUUUGGGGGGGGCAUCUGGGAGGUGGGAGGUUGGGUAAUUAUUUUCUCCGGUUUUUGGUUUUGCUUUUUAAUUUCUCUUGAUGACUUCUGUCCCCUUCUGUGGUGUUUGUAUUGGUCGGUGGCUUAGGUGUUACUAUUUGCUUUAACGACUGUUGCCCAGCCUGUAUAUUACACUCUGUUUGUGUCUUCAUGUCUCAGAGUGCCCUUCAGCCCCACUUCCCCCCCCCCCGAGGUUCCUUCUCCCACUUCUGCACCCCUGAAACACUGGAAUUUGUUUGUAUGUUGUCUUCUUUGUUGUGUUUGUUUUUUUUUUUAACCUUGGGAGGGGGUCAAGUGGGCUGUCCGUAGAAAGACAGAAGCCAGGAAAGCUUAGAGCAAUGAAAAUAGUGGUGCCAUUAUCAGGUGAAGAGAUUUAUUUUUUUCCUAAUCCUUUCUUUUCAGUGGGGUCUGAGUAGUGUUCCCAUUGCCCACUGCAUGCCUGGGGAGAUGCACUCCCAAUAUUUAAUGACUCAAUAAAAGGAAAAUUAGGAGAGGGGGGAGAAAAAGCACUGGAACAAACCCCAGGUGCAUGGGCUGAUAGCAGAGCAGGGAAACAGAGCUGCCAUUUUCCUCCUACAAUUUAUUAUUUCCUGGCUUUUCAUUUUCUGUCUUUGUUUGAGUGUUCUUUUAAAAGAAAGAAAAGGAGUAUUUAUUGCUGGCAUUUUUUUUUCCCCGUGUGAUGGCUCAGAGAAAUGCUGGCUCUUUUUGUUCUUGUUGCUGUUGUUGUUGUUGCUAUUCCCAGCCACAGAGCAGUAGCCCUGGCACAAGGGUCGUGCUCCCCGUGCCAUUGCACACCUUGCUGCCAUUGCCUGGGGAAGGGGACAGCCAGUGCCACCCUGCUUCUCCCACAGCCCCCCUGCCUUCAGCUCUGGUGUAGCUGGCAGAGCACAUCUCCCAGGGUACCACUCAGUAUCUCUGAGGGCUUCAGCACAGGAUCAGGCCCAUAAGUUUUAUUAUACCACUAAGACUUAAUUGUCAUGUGUUUACACUUUUUUUCUUCUUUUUGUUUUGUGUUUGGGUUGGGGGGGGGGAGUCAGAGCAUAGAGGUGCUUCUCUCUAACUCUCUUAGCAACACCCUCAGCCCUUCUGUGUAUUGCUUGGGACCCGUUGAUUGCCACUUUUUCAGUCUCACAUCUCUCUUCUGAGCAAAGGCUUGGUAGACAGGGCAGCAGUGAGUGGAGUAUUGAUCCCAUCCUCCUCCCCCCAAAGCACUGCGUUGUGAUGGGGAGGCUUGGAUUGCUGCUAUCAGUGCUCCGUGAAUAAAUGACAUUCCAGACUUCAGGGCCCUCUCUGACACUAACCAUAUCCAGAUCAGAUUCACUGCACUGGGGCUUAUUUUUCUUCUUCUGGGUUGAUUGGGGGUUUUUUGUUAUUUUUUUUUUUUGGUUGGGUGGCUUUUUUGUGGGUGGUUUUUUUUUGUUUUUUUUUUUGCUUGUUUUGUUUACUUUUUGUUCUGUUUGUUUGUUUUGUGUUUUUUUUUUUUUUUAAUUUGAUGUAUAAAUAAAUCUUUUGUUUGAAAAGAACCCCCCAGUUUUCUAAGCUGUAUGAUCACACAUAUAGAAAAACAGGAGGACUAAUUCCCCCCCUUGCCUUACCCAUUGGGUUUUGUUCCCCAGUACCCAGUGGUGAUCCUGCUACAGAAGGGAGCUGGAAAGUCAGACCCACGCAGAUGAGUCAAGGUCAGAUCUCUCAGCCAGGCAGCCUCUAAUGCUUCCUUUUAGCCUCUGGUGCUUGGUCCAGACAAGGUGAAGCUGAGCCUGAGCCAGGCACAGUUUGUAGGUUGCCCUCAUUGCCUUAGUGGUGUAAGGGAAUGGGAAAUCCGAUUGUCACACUGUAAUCUUCCUGCCAGCAGUCCCUGCUUCCUGGCUUCUGGCAGAACAGCCAAAUGCCACAGGAAAGCUGCUUUAUGUCCACUCAAAAGAAGGGCAUAGAGAGAUUCUCUUGGGAUCUCUCAGGCUGAACCUUAAAAAGUAAGACUAAACCCUCCUGGGUCUGUCCACGGCCACCAGGAUCACCCUGCUGCUACCCAGCACCUCCCAAGGAAAGCAAUGAAACCAUCUCUCUGUAUCUUUGAAUACUCUUAGGAGCUAAUUAUUAGAGGCUGCUGGAAACCUGCAGAGGGAAUUACUUCUUUCUGGUGCCUUGGGAUAACAGCAUACCCAGGGCUUUAAUCCCCCAAAGUGUGACUCCCCCUGGAAUCUGCAUCAGGACAGACCAGCAUUGCUGAGCACUGUACCUUAGCCACAUCUUCCUUUAAUGUAACAUGGGGUAUUCUGCAAAGUCUGCACAGUUUGUGGUGCAGAGAUUAAUUCUCAACAAAGUCCAUCUCUCAAGUGAAUAAUCUUUUAGAUCUUAAGUUUCACAACAAGGCUCAAAAAUGGGUUGUGACAACAUCUCCAACACAAACUCUGGGUUGUCGUGACCAAGAGCAGAGUGGAAAUCAGUGGCACAUACCCUUCUCAGCAGAUUUCCCCCAGCAUAGAUACAUGCUGCUAGGAGAUGGAUUUGGAAGAAAAUAACCUUUUACAAAAUCUGCAGGGUCCAGCAGCGAUUCUUUCAUGUUCUUGCAUUAGUCACAGGCAGAGAGCACUGAUCUGAUCUGGCAAAUUCAUAUUGCCCUGACUCCACAGCACUGCAGGAGUCAGCCAGCUUCUACAGUCAGGUUGUGUCCUAAGGACUAAAGGUACAAAGCUGUGCAAAUGGAGCAGAUGGGAGAGAACAGGACAAGGGGGAGCUCGGUAGAGAUGCCAAAUGGAAAAAACCACAUGGAUCCUGCUUCCUGGGAGGGGCUGCAGGGAGUGAGGGUGCUGGAGACCAUGCACCCUGGAGGGGCAGUCUGUCUGGGAGACCCAAGGGCCUCCUUGAGACAAAGGGGCAAUUUGUUCCUUCCUCUGGGGACAGUCUUGUCCUCAGGUGCCUCAUUUUCUCACAGUGAUCCAGAUUCUAGCAGGCUGGGGUCAAGCUGACAAUUUUAAGUGGUAACUCCCAUGUCACAGCUGUGCACAGGAGCUCCCAGGCUGGGCUGGCUGGGCCACCUCUCCAAGGGACCUUCAGGCUGCCUGAGGUGAAAAAGCCCCUGCUUCUCCAUCCCCCUUCAUCUGAGGUGCUAAGGAGGGGUAAAACAUCCCCGUGGGAGCCUGCAAAGAGCAAACAGAAGCUUCCAGUUGGGAGAUGGCAGCUGGUUGUUGUGUCCCUGCUUCACAGCCAGCAGCAGAGGAUGGGAUGGGGACCUCUGGGCUGCUCCCUGGGGCAAGUCCCCGUCCUCUCUCAGUUGCCAUCCCCUGCUGUGGGCACAGCACUGGUUGCCUCUCCAUUUAGGUGCUAGGGAGCUGCUGCUUUCCAGGAAAUGCUGGACCUGAACUGGUGUGUCAGAUUAGCCACAGCCCACUUGGCAUCCUGCCUGGGAAGCAUCCUCACCCUGGUCUGGGUGUCUGCAAAGUGCCUCGGAGGCAUGGCCACUUGCCUUACCUCUCUUUGAAGGGAUCAUUGUCCAGAUCCCUUUCCUGGGUUCUUGCCAGUGAAGAGACAUAUCAGAGUGGUGCUUUUCCCUUCCCAACCCCUGAUCCUGGGCAGCAACUUAAGGCAAAAUUUGUGGUGGCUCAAAAUUGAGAUGGGUGGAUGGGAAAACUGAACAGGUAGAUGAGAGGGAGGUUGAUCUGAGCCCUGUGGUACAUUGCUCUGGCUCUCAUUGUCAUCACCUCAAAGAGAAUUCAUCAGAAUUUGGGCCAAGACCCCAGCUUCUUCCCUGUGUGAUUCAGAGAGCUGUACUGAAGCAGAUGCAUCUGUGUCACAACCCAAAACGAGCCUGUAGUUUAUGUACAAAGACACCCCAGCUGUUUUCCUGCUGGGGCUUAUCUCUAGGAUUAUUCAUUGCAAUUCACCCUAGCGAUGUUAUUUUCCCUUAUUUAAUUACCAGGGUUUUUUUUUUUUUCCCUGUUGUUAAAUGGUUUUCAUUCAGCCAUAGGAAAAAAAAAUUAAAAAAAAAAAAACCCUGAAGAAUUCUUAGUGAAAAAAAUCAAACAAACUGAAAUGGUAGCACCAAAUUGAUUGCAAAGACGUAAGGGACAAAGGGAGCCAUUUUCCUGAUGUUGAGUCAAAAAAAAAACCCCACAACAACUGUUCAGCAGGAACCACUGAGGGUUAGAGAGGUUCAGAAGAUUGAUCUUCAAGCAAUUAGAGAAGGGAAUGCAAUUAGAAUGGGGGAUGCUGCUCUCCUUUGCUGUUUUUCUUUCCUAUACACGAGCACUCAGGCACACACACAAGUUUUCAAGAGUUUCAGGUGCUGGUCUGGAUGCUCAAAGGAUGGAGGGAAAAGCCCCAUCUCAGUGCAGCAGAGGGAAUGUGUCACUCCUGCAGGCUCAGGGAGGGGUUUGUCCUCUGGAAAUGGGGACCUGGUUUGCUCUGAGUGGGGCAGGUUUGUAGCCUUUUGCCAGAAGGUUAAAACUCACUGUAAGGUUCUCACCUUCACAACCACUCUGGCUGUAGCACUGAAGUUUUUGAGUCUUUUUUUUUUUCCUGCUGGGUUUAUGAUAGCACUUUUCCCCCUCCCUUUAGCCUGCAGCUGCACCCCCUUCUUUCCCUCCGCUUUGUAUUUGAUGCAAUUUGAUGGCAAUUUGAGCAACUCCUCGAAGAGAAAGGGGAAACCUUGGGGCAGGGGAGGGUGCAAAGGCCCUGGGGUCCAACCACUGCCUGCCCAUCACUCCUAAACCUGGCCAGGCUCUCCCCAGGGACUGCCAUGGGCUGGAGGUGAUGGGGCAGGGCUGGGGUGCUGGGGUGUUGGGGUGCUGCCUUCUGAGGGGGGUGAAGGGGAGGAUUCAGUCCACCAGCAAGGGAAGGAAGCCCAAGCCUCAGCGAGAGGGGUGAGGUUGUGCUUUGGACCAGUGUGAGUUUCCAAAUGUUACGUACUUGAGUGUAAAUGCAACAAGGAGAUGGAGUCAGAUCCUUCACUAUCAUGAACUGGCAUUGCUGGAGGUACUGGCAUUGAGGAUCUGGUUCUUUUCUUUUGCCUUUCUUUUUUUUUAAAAAAAAAAGUGAAUCCUUAACUCCAGUGAUUUUGUCUCUCUUUUUCUUCUUCCUCUUGCUGUACUUAUCAUUGUGGAAUAAAGACUACAGACAGACAAAAAACCCCAACCCCACUUUUUUUUUUUUUUUUUUUUUUUGUAAUCUGUGUUGUAAGUGCUUUUGUAAAAAAUAAAAAUUAAAAAUAAUAAUGUAAUGGACUUUUAUGAUUUUUUGGUUGGUUUUUUUUUUUUCCUGUUUUGUUUUGUUUUCCACCCUUUGUAAUAAUUUGUUUGGGGUCCAGGGGGGGCAUUUUCUUGGUUAUAAUUUGUGUGGGCAGGGUGUUGCAUCACCCUUCCUUUUACUUGUAUAAAAACAAUAGUGGCUCAGCUGUGGAAAAAAAAAUGUACUUUUUUAUAAAUAAAGGAUUUUAAAAAA